UUAAUUCAAGAUUUAUUCGCGAAGAAAAAGCUUCUGUGGACCCGUUGACGUUCUUGGCCUUCGGAUUGGGUCCAAGAAAUUGCCUUGGUAUGCGCUUUGCAGAAAUCCAAAUGCAAGUAGUUAUUGCUCUUUUGGUUAGACGUUUUAACUUCAAAUCGAGUCAAAACAGUCCGAAACUACCCCUAGAACUUGAAUCUGUGAUGCUUUUACGCCCAAAGAAAGAACUUGUAAUUUUAGCUGAGGAUUUGUUAUAAAAAUACUCUUAGUUUCAUGAAAAAAUUUAUGAUCAGACAUAUUAAUAAAAAUAAAUUUUAAAUAUCUAUCG